UUGUCAGGUAUUAUUCUGAUGACGAUAACGGUUACUGCAGCCGAGCAGUUCCUAACGCUUUUUUCCCUUUCAUUAUAUACAACCUGUGCCAAUGGUGCUCUUGUUUGCUACUAACGGACAAGUUGUGCGGCUAAUGGAAAUCAAUACACUGCACACAGACCGUGGUAUGUGUACACUGAACACCGGUACAGGUGAGUAUUCCAGUGUGCAAAAAUGUUCUCAUGUCUUCCCUUUUUUUGCAUCCCGCUUCCACAAUCACAGCGCUCAGUCGUUCGCUCUCUUGUAGCAACUUUUGUGUGAAUUCGAAGAACACUCUUUAUCACUGGCGUAUAUUGAAAAGUGUGCGUUGUACAAUGACAAUGUUGUGUGCACGCCCUCUCAUCCAGUAUUCCAAAAUAUUCAGAUCAUGAGAAAGUGCCGACAAAUUUGCUUGGCACAUGCGGUUUUCGAUUCUUGAUGGAAUGGUAUCUGCAACAGAAUUGGGAAUAAUUUUCUGUCAAUGAUCUGCCUCAUUUUGUGAUAAUAUCUCGCUGUGUAUUUUGGAUGUAAGUAAUUAUGGGAUCAGUGAUCUUUUAUCCAGUGGCUGGUUUCGAUUAGAAUUUAUUAUGACGUGCACAUCUCCGAAUACUGACGAUACUCAGGAAAUAAUAAUUACAAGCCGACUGUGUAACUGGGAUCAGCAAAAUUACAAUUAGCUAUCCAGGAUUAUUCAUCGAUUUCCGCGAACAAUUCAACGGGAAAUGUUCCCGAUGAAAAGCCGGAUCCCGAAGCAGCGCCACAAAUGUCAUCAUGCGUGGAUACCAUCAAUCGUGCUGGCAUUUCUUACGGUCUUUCCCAUUUGCAUUGCUCAAGAAGAUGCGACCACCGUAUUCACAACAUCCUCGCUAACGACACUUGCUGAGUAUUUGAACACGACGGAAGUGAUGGCGCAGAACAGCACUUUAUUCAGCAGUACCGGCAGUAAUCACACGAUGAACCUGACGGCACUGUACGGUGAGCCGUCAACCGAUCCGUUGUACAAUGUCACGGUCGGUGUCAUAUUGACCAUCGGAACGACAACAUCCUACGACUACGAUAUACUCAAACCGGCAAUCGAAGCCGCAUUCUCCCGGGCGCGACAUGAUUACAGUAUUAAUUUCCAGCCGAGGAAUUAUUUGUACGAGGUCGUCUGGUGGUCAGAUAUUAGUCCGGAUCCGCGAUUGGCCAAGACGCAGGGCUGCUGGAUGUGGAAUGCGAGUGGCGAAUCGGCCCAGGCGGUUAAUGAAUCGGUUGACGUCAUUGUAGGACCAGCUUGUACAAAAGACAUGCAGAUCGUUAAUCAGCUGACGACAUAUUUCAAUGUUCCGACCGUGACCGGGGCCGCAAACUACGUGGAUAGCACUGCGGAAUUUCCCUUUCUGACCCGCUGCGGAUUCAGCACGGCCGAUAUGUGGACUUUUUUCUUGACAAUAAUGGACAAAUUUCAGUGGAAGCAUGCCUCAGUGAUCUAUGACUACGACGACAAAGAUGUGGAAGUGACCUUUACAAGUUUGUCCGCCAUUCUGCGCAACCACAAUAAGGUGGUGUUUGAAAAGCGUCUGAAUGCCACAGAGUUUGAUAAUUACGACAUUGUGCCGGAUUAUUUGAGGGAUGCGUCCAUUAAUUCACGAGUAAUUGUGAUACUACUGAAAGGCGCCUUGUUCCGGUACUUUAUGAUCGAGAGUUACCGUCUGGGGAUGUCCGGUGGCGAUUAUGUAUUCGUCACUACCGAUCUGUUUUUGGAUGGCGUCGUAACACGCGGGAACCAAGGUCACUGGAGACAGAGGGAUGGUUACGACAGGGAGGCUCUGAAAGCGUAUGCUAACCUGCUCGUAUUGACUUUAAAGGACUACACCCAGAGUGACCAGUACCUGAUAUUUUACAACCAAAUUAAAGCACAAGAUAAAGCUGAAAAUCGCAAGCGAUCUUCCGUGAUUAACUACUACUCCGCCAGUUUUUAUGACUCCAUUCUGAUGCUGGCGUUGGCUAUCCGGAAGUUUUUAGCUGUUGUGGGUGAAGAUGACAUGGAUAUCAACGACAAUGCCGGAAAUGCUAAGAACGUCACACUGGGCUUAUGGAAUACCACCUUUCAUGGAGCGAGCGGCAACGUGCACAUUAAUCCAGAAGGGGAUCGAACCGAUGAUUUAAGCCUUUACUACAUGACCAAUCCAAUCACAGGGACGUUUUCGGUUGUUUCGAAUUAUUAUGGAUAUAAUCACGCAUACGAAGAAGUGUCGCCGAUUUCUUGGCGCACAGCGGAUGGACAAACGCCUCUAGACGAACCCCUUUGCGGUUACGAAAACGACAAAUGUCCUGACACCACCACACCCGCGGCUGUUGCCGGUUCGAUCGGUUCGUUACUGGUGUUGAUCGGUCUGAUCAGCGGUCUCGUCCUGUUCAUCAAGGCCCGUCGGGAAGCCAAAGCAUCGAACAGCGUGUGGAUCGCCGAAUGGGACGAUCUGCAGUCGGAUCACGGUGCCCGUACGGGAUCCUCGCGGAUGUCCAUGAUGAGCGGCACCACCGCCUCCGCCACCAGCGGCUCCAAAACUAGCAUGCCCACCAGCGAGGGCAGUUCACAGCGCACACGGACCGGCAAACCGCCGCCCAGUAGCGGGAAGCUGUUUUUUACCAGUUGGCAGGGUCGACCGGUGAUGGUGCGGCUGUGCGAGAAACACCGUGUGCAUCUGGACAAGCGGCUGCUGAACGAGGUGAAGGUCGUGAGAAACAUGAUUGACGAUAAUCUGCUGCGGUUUAUCGGGGCGGUACUGGAUCCGGAGCAUUUGGCUGUUAUUGGGGAAUAUUGCUCAAAAGGCAGUUUGCAGGAUUUGUUGGCGAACGAAUCCUUCAAACUGGACUGGAUUUUCCGCUACGCCUUAAUUAACGAUAUCAUUAAAGGCGUUAGCUUUAUCCACCAAUCGCCGCUCAUAUAUCACGGACGGUUAAAUUCCGGGUGUUGUUAUGUGGAUGGAAAAUUCGUGUUAAAAGUGGGUGAUUACGGACUGCCAACUUUCUAUGAAAAACGUCUUCCACGAGAAAUGACCAACGAAGAUUAUAAAGCCUUAUUUUGGACGGCACCGGAAUUGUUGCGCGAUCCGUAUGGUCCCGGUACGCAAGAAGGCGACACCUUUGCGUUUGCUAUUAUCCUACAGGAAAUCAUCCUCCGGGAAGAGCCAUAUGCCAUGCAUCCCUAUGAACCAAAAGAGAUCGUAGGAAAAAUUAAGAAAACUGACGCUUUCCGUCCACGCGUUACCAAUCCAGAUUGUCCGGCAACAUUAUCAGCUCUUAUGGAGCGUUGCUGGUCAGGACAACCGCUAGACAGGCCGAAAUUUCCGGAAAUAAAAACUUCUAUGAAAGCUGUCACAAAAGGUGAUGUGGAAAAAAGCAAUCUCGUUGAUCUUAUUGUGGCCAGAAUGGAACAGUAUACCGCCGAUCUGGAAGAAAUGGUAGAAGAGAAAACGAAAGCCUUUUUAGAAGAGAAGAAAAAAGCCGAUGCCUUAUUAAAUCAGAUUCUUCCACAAGCUAUCGCCGAUCGUCUGAAACGUGGCGAAACCGUGCCACCGGAAGCUUUCGAUAGCGCGACGAUAUUUUUCAGUGAUAUUGUUGGAUUUGCCGCCAUUUCGAUGGAAAGCAGCCCGAUUCAGAUCGUUGAUUUUUUAAAUGAUUUAUAUUCAUUAUUCGACAGCACAAUACCGAAAUUUGACGUGUACAAAGUGGAAACCAUUCAUGACUCUUACAUGGUAGCAUCCGGUCUUCCCAGGCGGAACGGGCUGAAUCACGCCAAAGAACAAGCAGGGAUGGCGUUGGCUUUAAUGGAUCUCAUCCAUACGUUCAAAAUCCGGCAUCGGCCGGGUGAGAAAGCCCGCCUGCGUGUUGGCCUGAAUUCAGGUCCCGUAGUUGCCAGUGUGAUUGGCCUAGCCGUCCCGCGAUACUGUUUAUUUGGUGAUACCGUAAACACGGCAAGCAGAAUGGAGUCUACGGGAGAAGGUUUGAGGAUACAGAUGAGCCCCAGCACCAAAACCCUUUUAGACAGUUUCGGAAUUUUCGUUAUGGAAGAUCGAGGAGAAAUUGAAGUAAAAGGCAAAGGAAAGAUGCGAACGUUUUGGUUAAUUGGUCAGUUGUCCGCCUAAACAAAUCUGUGAUUUCUGCAGGCUAGAAAUGAACAUUUUGCCGAACGGUAUUAACUGCAACGAAUUAGAUCUAAUAGUCGUACAUUAAUCAGUCGUGGCAUCGAAACUGCAACAGUGAUUGCUAUUACGAAUUUGUAUUGGACUAAUGUGUGAUUACUGGUUGCACGCGCGCGUGACCUAUCUCGAAACCUUCCACAAUAAAUUCUUCCU